AUGAGCAAUACCUGUUUCAUUCCUCCCUCUAGCAAGGUUGCCUUUGUAACCGGUGUCAAUGGCAUCAGUGGUCAUGCCAUUGUUGAACGCCUCAUUCGAACUCUCAAGUCGGAAUGGUCCAAAAUCAUCGUCACCUCGCGCAGACCCCUAGACAACUACUGGGUCGAUCCGCGCGUGCAAUUCGUGGCACUUGACUUUUUGCAACCCAAGGAUAGCAUCGUCGAGAAGAUCAAGAUUAUCUGCAAGGAUGUCACCCAUGCGUACUUCACCUCGUAUAUCCACGACAAUGACUUUUUCAAGCUGUCUGAGAAGAAUGGCCCUCUCUUUCGGAACUUUCUGGAAGCGAUUGAUGAAGCGUGUCCUGAACUUCAGCGUGCGUCUACAGACAGGAGGAAAGGUAUGUCCGCCAUCUCUGAGAGUGGUCGAGAUUCUGACUUGUCACAGCAUUACGGAUUCCAGUUUCGAGAAUUCAACAUGCCUUUCUUCGAGGAUACCCCUCGAAUUGAAGGACCCGGGUCCGGGUCUAUCUUCUACUACGAGCAGGAAGACGACAUGAUGCGCAUCCAGAAACGUCGUAAUGUCUGGCAAUACAACAUCAUCCGGCGUAUGGGUAUUACCGGAUUCACACCCCAAUUCUCGGGCAUGAACGAAGCAAUCCCAAUCGCGCAGUACUUCCUCAUCUGUCGCGAACUCGGCGAGAACCCCAAGUGGCCUGGAAACCUGAAAGGCUUCAACCGAGUCGAGGACCAAUCCUAUGCACCCAGCAUUGCCGAUCUGACCAUCUGGGCGACGACGCAGGAGCGGUGCCAGAAUGAAGCAUUCAACCACACGAACGGUGAUGCUAUGGCGUGGAAGUUUCUGUGGAAUCUAUUUGGCCAAUACUUCAAUGUCGAGAUUGACGCCUUCCCUGAUUCAACCGUUGACACGAGCAAGCCUCAGAUCGGCCUGGGCGAGUGGGCCAAAGACAAGGAGGAGGUCUGGAAGGGCAUCGUGGCCAAGUACGGGGGCCGUGCUGAAUCGUUCCAGAUUAACAACUUUGAGUUUAUGAAUUGGGGAUUCACGCCGGCUUCUCAGGGUAGACUGUUUAUGAGUACUGUCAACAAGGCCCGGCGGUUUGGUUGGGACCGCAUUGAUGAUUCGUAUCAGGCUUGGAUUGACACGUUCCAGUCGUAUGAGAAUGCGGGCAUUUUACCUAGUCAUCAUCUUUUUCAAUAGACUGAUACAUGGGAGGAAAUUGACAUUAUAAGAUCAUGUUGGCCAGUUAAUGUGUUUGCAGUUGACUAAACCGGACCUGCGGCAUCUAGUAGCUUAUAGUUUCUAAUAAGGAUUUAUGUUGGCUGAAAGAAUGAAGUGAUGGCGUGUGGUUUUCAGAUCAAGUGUCUACUAUACAAGCAUGUAC